GCUUUAAGGCUCGAUCUUUGGGAAAAGGGUUUUGUAUAUUUUCGGUGAUCCAGCAAUGGCGAUUGAGCCGCAGCUGAUGGUGCAAUGCGUUGGGGCAGUGGUGGUGUUCUUUGCAGCCAGGAUGUGCCAUGCAGCUUUUGUGGCCUCCAUUGACGUCUGGUACUCGUCUCCUGCAAACCGCCAUGUCUACUUCAAGGCUUUCAAAGACAAGUACAACAAGACAGAGAAAGUGGACUACUCCACUUUGAUGAGGACACAUCCCGAAACGAUCUCGCAGACCUUUGGCGACGAGGCCACCUCCGAGGGUCAAAUGGUGAAGGCCAUAGUGCUGCCCAGCACCAUCAUGAUGGCCAUCGGUGGAAUUAUGAUGCGCUGUGGAGGUGAAGAUAUGUGGGGCUUCAUCUUUCACGCAGCUCGCGGUUUGAUGACGCCCUUCGGUUUAUUGAUGGUCCUCCAAACCCCUGUGGUAAGUGGAGCAGGUGCUGGAAAUCGAGAGAUCAGGGAAGGGAAGAAAGUCUCAAACAUUGAGCUCUUGUACCAGCUCAACUGGGUGAUUCUCCAUUUCUUGGGCUUUGCCGCCUUCUUGGGUCCUGUGGUGAUAAUCGAGCUUCCAGUAGCCAUUAUUGAGCUGGUGAACGGUCCGGGCUUUGUUCCCCGCGUCGAAAAGGAUGGAUGGCUGCAAAAUGCGCGAAUGGUGUCGAUCAUCAUGCGGAUUCUGUGUGCAGUGUUGCUGAUCGUUGCAGCUCCCUUCUUGGGCAAAAGCAAGACGAGAAAUCCCAACACCUUGGGUGCUUUGAAGUGGAGGGCUGAAUUUGAUGUGGGCGAAUUCGGGGCCUGCCAGAUGUACUUCAAUGCCCUGAGCGUGUGGCUGCAACCAGGCGUUGGUCCCUACAGCACGGCGAGUUUGGUGAUUCUGGCACUCUUGGCGUUGGAGGCAUUCCGAAUCUUUUUCUGCCAUGCUGUCUACUGGCUCUUUGUCAUGUGCAUUUGGGACACCGUGGACUGGGCCAAUGAGAUGCGGAAGCACGUCCCCGCGCAGGGGCCCUUGAUCCAAGGCUUACGCGAAAGUACCAAGGAUGAGUUGGUUUUCUUGCAUGCCGUGCAAGCAGGUGUGCCUGACGAGAGUGAAUGGAUCGUGAAGGCCUCAGGUUAUUUGCCCACCAGUCAAGUGGCCACCGGAGCCAAGUACGACAAGAUCAAACUUCUGGUGAUGAAGCCGGACAACUAUGAGAACUUUCGCGCCCUGGAUUUCUGCGACUUGACCAAAGAAGAUUUGGACAAUUGGAAUGCAGACCUCUCCAGAGUCUUGAUGGAGCUGCCCAGUGCCGACAGCGUUUUUUUCCCUUGCGGCUACUACAAAAUGGACAUGAUGAUUCCAAAGAUGCUCCUGUCUCUAGAUGACUAUGAGACAGAUGUGGAAAACCUGGGAGUGACACCAAAUGAAAUCGGAGUCCCAGACCCUGACUCUGACAUGGCCCUGGACAUCACCAAUCAGUUCAUGACGGAUCGCCGUUGUAGCUUUCUCAGCACGGGCACCAACUUUGCCACGCAGCUGCGUGAGAAAGGAAAGCUGACCGAAUUCUACCAGGUGCUGGCGGAGAUCGGCAUGGCCAUUGAGAGCUCCGCCAAGGCCGUCGCCAAGCUGACGGACGCGGACUACGAAAGCGCCUCGGCCUCGGACCCAGAGUCGGAUCCGGAUGCGCCGCUGUUGGCUCUCAAUGGCAGUAUCCCCUUGGCCUAUGAAGUCCAAAUUCGUGGAGUGAAGCAGUCGCCUUGCCGCAUGGUGCUGCGUGUGCCAAAGACUCAGACCCUGCCUGCAAGUUGGCAAGGCCUACCCAAGGUCGACGUUAUGCCGGCUUCAGCCAAGUGAUUGGUUGGUAUCGGACGAUGCUACAGAACGAGGAGAGCGAUGAGCUCCUGUCGAAAAGAUGACGAAACAUGGCCUGGAUCAAAGAUAUCCGGAGGUCCAUCUGGCGAUGAUGGGCGGUACAUUGAGAUAAUUUUAAAUUGAUAUAUGUAAUUUGAUGCAAGUCUUUAUGGCUGGAGGCACCAGCGACGCUGUAGCAAAAGCAUUGGAUUUUGCAUUGUGCCCUUACCCACAAGUGGCAUGCCAGGUAAGAAAACACGCACAUCUGAAAAUUAGGGGAAUCAUCGCCCCAAAUGGCCG